UCUUGUAUAUAUACAGUUGCGGUGCAUUAGAAUUUAUCAUUGUCCUUGCCUGUCUUCAAGUCAUCAGUCCCAAAAUCCCAAUCCAAGCAAGAUAAAAAAAAAAAAAAAUCUGAUCUGUAUAUAUAUAAUGACGCAACAACUCGAUUUCUUGCGGCUGCAGCUGUUGCUCUUGCUGUGUUAUGCUGCCUUAUCCAAUGGGUCUUUGCUGCCAUUUAUGGAUCAUCCAGGUAGUGGCAAUCUGUUAUUGCCUGAUCCGUUCCGAGUGCUAGAGCAAAUCCCACUUGCCCUGGAGAGGGACGAGAGCUUGGCACUGUCUCCAGCCAGGGUAGACUGGAAGGAAACACCCGAGGGGCAUGUGAUAAGGAUAGAUGUGCCCGGGUUGAAGAAGGAAGAGCUCAACAUUGAAGUGGAGGGAAACCGAGUGCUGAGAGUGAGCGGGGAGAGGAAGAGAGAGGAAGAGGAGAAGGGUGAUCAUUGGCACAGGGUGGAGCGAUCGUUUGGCAAGUUUUGGAGACAGCUUAGGUUGCCUGACAAUGUGGACUUGGACAGUGCUAAGGCAAAGCUGGAAGAUGGUGUGCUUACUUUGUCCUUAGCCAAGCUGUCUCCUGACAAGAUUAAGGGUCCAAGGGUAGUGAACAUUGCUGGAGGGGAGGCUCAUGAACCUGCCAAACUCAAGGAUAACGCAGCCAAGCAGGAGCUUUAG